AAACCCACAGAUCUAUCUUCUUCUCUCCCCAGUCCUCACACACAGUCAAUCUCUGAUUCUCUGUACCUUCCACUUAUACCUUCAGUAUCCUUUAUCUCUUCAUUAAGUUCUUCUGUUUGAGGUCAGAGAUCUCUUAUUUGUUUUCCUUUUUGAUUUGUAUAUUGAAAUCCCAGGGAUUGAUUUUCUGGGUUUUUAAUUUGCAUGUUCUGUUUCGUUUAAGGGUUGGUGUCAAUUUUGAUUAAAUAUGUUUGUGACUGAGAAGCUUUACAGUGUAGGGGUUUGUUUACAGCAGAUAUGUAGCGAUAUUAGGUUGGGCCGAUAAGGGUUCGAGGGUUUUGUCAAUUGUGAUUUUUCAAGCUUAUUUGUAGUUUUUUGUUUUGUUUUCUGUAUAUUAUUAUCUCACAUGUUCUUCUGCAGAUGAGUAUCCUACGUGGUUCUUCUUCAGGGACAGCUAACAGGAGCCGUCAAACUUGUCUUCCUCCUGGAUUCAACAGACCAGCUACGUCCGCUUCUCUUCCUCCUGGAGCAACCAGACCAGCUUCUUCUGCUUCUCGACAUCCACUUCCAAGCUUAGCUGCUGUAAUGAGCGCACCAGAGAGACGUAACAUGCCUGUUCUCCAUCCACAAAGGCCCAAUGGGACUUUAUGGUUCGGGAUUGACGAUUGCACCCAAAAAGAUGUAGUGUCAACAUAUCAGUCAAACUUUUGGGGACCUUGGUGGACCUACAAUAUGGUGCCAGAUGAGAAGAAGGUCGCUUGGUGGACUAGUUUUGUGCAAAAAUACUAUUGGGAUCCUAAGCAUCACAAUCAAGUUCAUGUUCAGUGGGAAAAGAUUCUGAAAAACUCAAUCAGAGACCUUGUAAGCAAGAGGAGGAGAUCAGAAGAAAAAAAGAAGCCAGAUUUCAUUGGCCUAGCAGAUUGGAACUUGAUGCUAGAGAUUUGGCAGGAGGAGCGACACCAAAAGAGGAGCAAAACAAAUUCUCAGAAUGCUUCCUCAAACCCAGAUGGUUUAGGCACUCAUCGUCAUACUUCAGGAUCAAAAAAUCACAAGCGUUAUGCUUAUGACUUGACAGUUAAGGCUGGUGGGGUAGCACCUCCAGUCACUGAAGUAGUGCGUAUGACCCAUAGUCGCAAAGAUAGCACUUUCAUUGACAAAAGGGCUGAAGGUUUAGUGAAGGCUGCCGAGGCUCUUGCAUUGGAGCGAUCACAAGGUUCCUGUCCGACUGAUGAAACCCCAUCUGCACCCUCUACCCAACAGCUCAAUGCUGCUUACAUUGAAGUGGCAACCAAUGGAAAAGGGCGAGUUUAUGGUCUUGGUUCAAUUCAGGAUAUUGAUGAUGAACCAAGUGAGACUGCACCAGCUUCUUUAUUUACACAUGUGGCAGUUGAUGGACGCUUGACCAGUGUGGAGGGUGUUGUAACUAGCUUGAAGGAUGAUGUUUCUGGCGUGAAGGAGGAUGUAACUGGUAUUAAGCGAGGUUUAGAGGUGCUGAUGAAGAUGAAUGGAGUGGAUCCUAUUACCUUUGAACCUAUUCAGCGUGAGAGUGAUGCCUCUGUUCCAACUCCCCAAUCAAGCCAAGAACUUGACCAAAAUUCUGCAGUACACUAACUCCAUCUGAUCUUUUGUGUCUUUUGUGUUUAUAGUAAGGUAAACUCUAACAUCAUUAGAUGUCUUUUGUAAAAACAUCACUAGAUGUCUUUUGUAACUAUUGAAGAACAUCAUUAGAUGUCUUUUGUAAGAAAACUUAUAAUUUUAAUGGUAUUUGAAUGUUUAAAUUAAA